CUAUACUGCCACAAUUAACAACUAAACAAUCUCUAGGCAUGUCCAAGAAACUUCUGGAUCACACAAAAGGUAUUUAUUUAAAAAAACCUGUAAAUUAUAUCAAUGGCUACGUUCACCAGAACCAAAACGGAUUGUGAACAGUUCACAAAUACCAACAUAAUACGUUAGGUAAACUCUUGGUUCUGCUGAACGAUUUAACUUUUCAAUAAUAGAACGUCACCCUCUGAAUGACAGGUCACCACACAAAACACAGUGUUGAAAAUUAUAAACACUGAAAUUAUGCUUGCAAAAAUGGCGACCGUUUGCAAAACAUGUUUGGUUUCAACAUAAAUUCAACGUAGCGUUCAGCAGAACAAUCGCAAACCGUUUACCAACGUUUGUAUCUGGUGAACGUGGCCUUUGUUUUACCUCAAGGCGACUGUCAAUAGUUUCAAACUGUCAGAUCGUGUACUUGCCCUAUAUACCUAAACAAUUAUUUUAUAUUUUUCCAGCGAAAUGGCUGAAGAACCAGAAGCCCUCUACGAAGAAUGGCCAGUAAUGGGAGAUGCUGGCGAAUGCGUCCACUACUACACAGCCGGUCCAGCAAUCACGCGAAACUGCAACCGAGUAAAAGACGCGAUAAAAAAGAAAAGAAAAUACAUCCUCCAAGUGAUGAUGGAUCCAGCGUCUAAAACCAACGUGCACUCUUUGAACGAAAACAUCCGGAACCUGGAUUGGCUAUGGAUAACGUGGGAAAGUCUACAUUACAAUCCUCCUUACAGGUGGAACAGGACUUGGCUGAUAAAUCUCACGCCAAAUGCCUACAGGAUUUUCAAAAAAAAGUCGAUGGCGGUGCAUUGGAAAAACCAAAACUACAAUUUAGAUAGUUUGGUGCAAUUUCCACCAUUAACAGAAACCAACAUUUUAUUGACACCCAAUAAUGAAAUGAACUACAAAAUAGCAUUGAUUAAAAGCAACAAUUGCAACGCAAUUUCCCUUGAGACCAAUAACAUUGUCUUCAACAGCAACUAUGAGUCAGAUGACUCAGAAAACGAAGAUAUAAUUCACAAUUACGAAUCACUAUUGGAGAAGUCAAAAGUGUUGGCGUCUGAUGAGACCAGUCACUGGCAAGACUUUGCAUUUUCUAAAAACAACAUUUCUUGGUUGGAUGCUCAAGAUGAUACCGAUACCGAAACUGUUUGUGACCCGGAAGAAUAUGUUCAUUGAUUUGUCUUUUUGAAGAUAUGUAUCAUUAGAAUUAAUAUUAUAAUAAUUAAAUUUUGUGUAUUAUAAUAAUUGUAUAAGGUUUAAGCUGUAUAAUAUAGGAUUUUAUAAAAAUUA